GUACGUGGGGAACCUCUCCAGGGACGUGACCGAGGCUCUGAUCCUGCAGCUCUUCAGCCAGAUCGGGCCCUGCAAGAACUGCAAGAUGAUCAUGGAUGAGGUCAAAGUGAACUGGGCCACCACCCCCAGCAGCCAGAAGAAAGACACCAGCAACCAUUUCCACGUCUUUGUGGGGGACCUGAGCCCUGAGAUCACCACUGAGGACAUCAAAGCAGCUUUUGCUCCAUUUGGAAGAAUCUCGGAUGCACGGGUGGUCAAGGACAUGGCCACGGGCAAGUCCAAGGGCUAUGGCUUCGUCUCCUUCUUCAACAAAUGGAGAUUGACCCAAACCCCUCCCUUUUCACCCCAGAGCCACCCCGGAUGCUGGAUCGCCCUCACCGCCGCCGCCUUCGCUCUUUUUAUUUUUGGCUUUAUUUUUAUUUUUAAUGUGUUUUUUUACAAACACAAACUGCAGGGACUCGGCUGCCUCAGCUGAGAAUCGGGGGCAGGAAUUGCACAAAGUCAUUCUUGGGGGGUUUGUUUUUUUUUUUUGGGAUUUUUUUCCCUCAGAAAGAGCUGGGGAAAAAAAAACCACCCCAAAAGAAGCCAAAAGUGUGGGGAUGUGGAGGUGCCUUCAGCCCCACAGCUCUGUUUGAAAGGAGCCUCUUAUAGGAGGCUUUUGUUACCAGAGAAAUCUUCGUUUACAUCCUUUUCUUGUGGAUCUCAGUGUGGUUUUCAGGGUUGGGUUUUUGCCUUAUGCUGGGGAAAAAAAAAAAAAAAAAAAAACAAAAUACAAAAAUAAAAAUAAAAAUAAAAGGGACUCAAAAGUGCCCAAAUCUCCCCACAUGAGCCAAGAUUCCCACCCUGGGACAGCAAAAUUCCUGUUGCUAAAACAGAUCCCUCCAGGGCUUGGUUGGUUUUUUUUUUAAUUUUUUACUGAUUUCUACAUUUUCCUGUACUGAUUCUGUAAAAUAUUCCGAGCAAAUUGAAGAAUUUUUGCACAACCUUCGGCCACUUUUGUACGUUUUCCUUAUUUAAAGGUAGGACACAAAGGAGCCUUUUGAUGUGAUUUAUGCCUCAAAUCUUCCUUUUUUUUUUGAUCCUUCUUUUUUUUGUGGAUAUGAGCUAUCUCUUGGAAUAUAAAGUUUUUAAUCCAUUGUGUAAAAUUCCCUCCGUAGCCCAGGUGUGUUUCACAAGGGAGUGAAGGUGAGAAGAGCUCCCAAACCUCAUCUAUCAGAGGCCAAAAAACGCCCUUUUUUAUCCUACCUCUCGCCCAGCCUUUAAAAAAAAAAACACAAAAAAA